GGUGCGUCGGUCCGUCACGUGACCUGUGGAAUGUGAACAAUGCAACGAGUGUCCAACUUUGUGCUGCAUUUCUGAGAAAAUGGAGGCUCAUUUCAUCAUAUUUACCUAGUUGCUCUGUCUUUACUCAACUCUUCGGUUGUUUCUACGCGCCCAUCAACCGAGAAAGGGACUUUAAGAAGGUUCCGUUUAACGGGAUUUACUCUUCAGUCCGAGUUGUUCUUGCUACUUCUAUCACAUGGCGGAGAUUGGCAGCAUCAUGGUUUGGCUCUGUGGCGCCCUGGUGACCGGCUGCAUUUCCUGGAAUAAGCUGGAACCUGAGCCUUGAAAGUCACACCAUGGAAUGCCUGUAGUACCACACCUCCCCUUCAUCCAGCCCACCAGCAUCAGCAGGAAUCCGAAACACAAAGAGAGACACAAACAAAUAAGAGACACAAGAGGAGGACAUCCAAAUCUUUGCCUCCAAUCUGUGCUCCUGGAGACUCUUUACUAUUUAGGUCAGCCAGCUUGAAAAGGAUCUUUUGGAGGGUGUGUGGGAGUACCUCUGUGUGCGUGUGUGUGUGUGUGUGUGUGUGUGUGUGUAUGUAUAUAUACAUAUAUGUGUGUGUGUGUGUUUCACUUUUAGAGUAGGUGCCUGCCCUGGGCACUGAGGCCAUGAGGCCCAAGACUUUCCCAGCUGCCCCAUAUGUGGGCAACACACGCCAGAGGCUUCAGGAGAUCAAGGAGGGUUUGAAGCAGCCGGCAAAGCUGGUGAGUCAGGCCCUGCAUGGGGUCAGCUCCCGGACAGACGGUGGCAGAGGGGCCGACUGCAAGAGCGGGAAAGACCAAGCCAGCCGACAGCAACAGAUCCGACCCCCGCAGAAGUUCAACAACUACCAAAAUGCCUUGCGGGAAAUCCGUAGGUCCCUCAUGCCCUUUGCCAAUGAGUCAGGUCCGUCUUCCGGGUCAGGGCACCCUGCAGGUGCCGGGGAGGUCAACCGGCAGAUGCUGCAGGAGUUGGUUAAUGCCGGCUGUGACCAGGAGAUGGCAAUGCGGGCACUGAAGCAGACAGGAAGUAGGAACAUUGAAGCAGCCUUAGAGUACAUCAGCAAAAUGGGUUACCUCGACCCUCGCAAUGAGCUCAUCGUCCGUGUCAUCAAGCAGACUUCUCCAGGAAAAGUUGGCAUGCCAAACUCAAUGGACCACCGACCUGCAUUAGAGGCACCGGGCGAAGCUGGUGCCAUGCCUCCUUACCACCAGAUGGGGGCUCCCAUGUACGAUGGGGCAGGUGGAUACGGCCCUGAGGGUGAGAUGCCCAGACCCUACAUGAGCGCUCCCCCUGUAAUGAACUAUAUGAUGCCACCGUCUGGUGGGACACAGGGCCCUGCUAUGGGAAACCCGAUGGGGCGACCUCCCAGUAUGGGCACCUAUCCACAAGUGAUGGCCAACCAGAGCAACCCAGCCAACACCAUGUACCCUCCAGGGGCCCAGCAGAAGGGCUACCCUGGCGGUAUGGAGCAGCACGGGCCCAUGAUGAGCUACAACGUGCCUGGCCAGCCUCUGCAGCUCCAGCCUCAGCCACCAGGGGGCCCUGUCCCAGGACCCCACUAUGACUACGGCCAUGCCAGGCCACACAUGAUGGAGCCUGCUGGCUAUGGAGUUAAGAGAACUGCCUCCUUCCAGAACAAGAUGGCACCACCCCCCAUGGUGCCCCCAGACAACUACGUCAACAUGCAGGGUAAAGGGGCCAUGGGCCAGAAUGGUCCAGGAGGGGGGGGAUACCCUGCUAACCUGUACAUGUCCUCUCAUUCUCACCCAUGCCAGGCCAGCCCCACCUCCCACCAGGUCCACAUGAUGUCCCGUUCCCCAGGUGGGGUGGCAGCCAUGGGCCCUGACUUCUCCGAUAUGCCCCAGGGAUUGAUGACACCAUCCAGAGCUAGCCUCAACCUGGACCUGUAUGAGCACCACUGGGCGGGGCCUCCAGGUCCUGAAAGUGCUCCUCAAGCCAGGCAACCCCAGCCCCAGGGCCCAUUCAGGGGGGAGGUGUGUGUCCCCAGCAGAACCAACUCCUUCAACAAUCGCUCUGCGGGGCCCAACGGUGUCCGGCCUGGAAUGGCUGCGCCUCCCACUGCUGGCAAACAGGACUCCUCCUUGGGCCCUCCAAACACCAUCACGGCUGUUACAUCCCCGCCAAUCCAACAGCCGGUCAAGAGCAUUCGUGUGAUGAGGCCAGAACCCAAGACGGCUGUGGGGCCGUGUCACCCCAGCUGGAUGACUGCUCAGGCUCAAGACGCAGCGGAGCCUCUGACCUACAUGCCAGAGGAGACCUAUACUCUUGAGCCUGCUCCGGAGCCGCGCUGCCCACCGCCACCUUACCCCAAAAACUUGCUCAUGUCUGGGCCGGAGGAAGGAGCCGGAGUCAUGUGUGGAGCUCAGGACCUCAACAGCCCUUCUUCCAGAGGCACACGUGGGGACAGUGGAGGGAGCGGAAAGGCCGAGGAGAGACAGCAGGUGAAAGAGAAGACGAAGAUGGGCAAGGGAGAAAAAACAGUAAAAGACAAGAAGCAGAUCCAGACGUCACCGGUUCCGGUGAGGAAGAAUGGACGUGAUGAAGAGAAGAGGGAGUCACGCAUCAAGACCUACUCACCUUUUGCUUUCAAGUUCUAUAUGGAGCAGCACAUAGAGAAUGUGAUGAAGACCCACCAGCAGAAACUGAACCGCAGGCUUCAGUUGGAACAAGAGAUGUCCAAGGCUGGCCUUUCGGAAGCAGAGCAGGAGCAGAUGAGGAAGAUGCUGAACCAGAAAGAGUCCAACUACAACAGGCUACGGCGUGCCAAAAUGGACAAGUCCAUGUUUGUCAAAAUCAAGACUUUGGGUAUAGGUGCCUUUGGUGAAGUGUGUCUCACACGUAAAGUGGACACAGGUGCACUUUAUGCCAUGAAAACACUGCGCAAGAAAGAUGUCCUUAACCGGAACCAGGUGGCCCACGUGAAAGCAGAGCGUGACAUCCUGGCGGAGGCAGACAACGAGUGGGUGGUGCGUCUCUACUACUCCUUCCAGGACCGUGACAGCCUCUACUUCGUCAUGGAUUACAUCCCCGGAGGAGACAUGAUGAGCCUGCUCAUCCGUAUGGGCGUCUUUGCCGAACCUCUCGCACGCUUCUACGUGGCGGAGCUGACGCUGGCUAUCGAGAGCGUCCACAAAAUGGGCUUCAUUCACCGCGACAUCAAGCCGGACAACAUCCUCAUUGACCUGGACGGACACAUCAAGCUGACGGACUUUGGUCUGUGCACGGGCUUCCGCUGGACGCACAACUCCAAGUACUACCAGAAAGGAAGCCACGUCAGACAGGACAGCAUGGAGCCCAGUGACUUCUGGGAUGACGUGUCUAACUGCCGCUGCGGCGACCGGCUGAUGACGCUUGAGCAGCGUGCCAACCGGCAACACCAGCGCUGCCUGGCUCACUCGCUGGUGGGAACACCUAACUACAUCGCACCGGAGGUGCUGCUGCGCAAAGGUUACACCCAGCUGUGUGACUGGUGGAGCGUGGGAGUGAUCCUGUUUGAGAUGCUGGUGGGACAGCCCCCCUUCCUGGCCCCCACACCUACCGAGACUCAGAUUAAGGUCAUUAACUGGGAGAGCACACUGCAGGUGCCUGCCCAGGUAAAACUGAGCCCUGAGGCCGUCGACAUCAUUGGUCGUCUCUGCUGCUCUGCCGAGGAUCGCCUGGGUGCCAACGGCGCCGGCGAGAUCAAGGCUCACCCCUUCUUCACCCAGAUGGACUUCUCCAGCAAUCUGCGGCAGCAACCGGCACCCUAUCGGCCCAAGAUUGCCCACCCGAUGGACACAUCCAACUUUGACCCUGUUGAAGAGGACGGUGGACCUGGGGCGUGGCGUGACAGCGGGGACAGCACCCGGACCUUGGACACGCUCUGCUCCCCGCACGGGAAGCACCCGGAGCACGCAUUCUACGAGUUCACCUUCCGCAGAUUCUUUGACGACAACGGCUGCCCUUUCCGCUACCCUAAACCGCUUGAGGCCAGCGAGGUGUCCUCAAGCGUGGGCCCAGAAGAGGAGGACAAAGAAGAGGAGGAAGAUGAAGAGGAGGAGGAAGAGCACGGGGAGGGAUGUGAGCCGGUGUACGUGUAGAGCGGCAGACUGACAGGCUUUGUGGGUGGCGUGUGUCUAUUACUACCAGGAUUAAUGCUCAUCAUUCAGCUCAUGACCCUCCCACCUACCACUGCUCUUCUUCUGUGUAUGUGUCUGUGUGUAGAGGUGUGCUUGCUACACAGGAGUGUAUGUGUGUGUUUAUGCCUAUCUGGCAUGUGUGAUUGUUAAGUUGCUGGAACAGGAUUGAUGAACAUCGCCACUUUGUGGAAUCUAUAGUGCAUCCACAAUGACUUCAAAUACAGAACUCCCCUGAUCUGGGACCAAGAAACAUUUUGAAUGUGACCGACUACAUCAUGGGUAAAGCGGUUAGAAGAACAAGACUCAGAAACUGUACAGGUUAAAAGAAAAAAAUGAUUGGGAGUGCACGGAUAUCUAGAUCACAGACAAGACUUCUAAUUCAAAGACUACUUCUGGUUCUUCCAGUGGUUUCUUGUCCCAUUCCUUCCACCCAUGAGUCUUACGGACGACUGAAACAUCUCUGUGAUCUUCUGAUACCGAAGCUACGUCCUGUUCUACCUGAGCUGCUUUACACUCGAAUAUCAGACAAAGCAAUGAUGAGUGAAACCAAUUUACUCAUUGAUCGCGGGGUGGGGGGGGACCUCUUUAACAGCUGCUGCAAAAUAAGCUACAAA